AUGCAGAAGCUCGCCAAGCGGACCGCCCAGGCCCACCAUCAGGCCACCCGCCGCGCGCAGCAAAUGCUGGAGCGGCAGGCCGUCGACGACAGGCGGCGCAUCCGCCAGUCGGUCAAGGCCGCAACCGACGAGCUUCGGAAGAACAUCAAAGAUGCGCGGCGGGCGCGACGCGAGGACUGGGAGUUGGGCCCCCUCGCUCCGAAGCGGGACCUCGGCUUCAACAACUACGGAGUCCUCAAGGAGACGACGCGCCUCGACUGGACUCAAGGAGGCAUGCAACGGGUGCAGCCCACGGUGCUCGAGAAGCGAUGCGCCUGGGCCGGAGGCUCCAAGCAGCUCAACCUUGCCCCUGGCGAUCGCGUCAUCGUCAUGGACGGCCCGGACAAGGGCAAGGUUGACAGCAUCGACAGCGUCGACGCGACCAACGGAACCGUCAAGCUCAAGGAGUGCCACAGAGCGCUCUCCGAGGGCGUGCUCGGCGACGCCAUUCGAUCCAAUGCCCUGCCCAUAUCCGUGGCCUCGGUGCGACUCGUGUACCCUCUGCCACACCCGGAAACAAAGCAAGUCCGCGACGUCAUCAUCAACCAGCUCAAAGCCGUCGCCCCCAACAUGCAGUCGGAGAACAUGACGCUUGACCGCUGGGAGAACGGCAACAAGUGGGAUCGAGUGGUGCCCGGCAUCAACGUCGUGAUCCCCUGGCCCGAGGUCAAGGCGCCCGUAUACCAGGCCGCCGACGCCGACACGGUCCGCGAACAGGUCGAGGAGCGCAGCUUCUACUACGGCCUGCUGUCGGCCCCCAUGCCUGAGCAGGUCAUCGACGAGCUCCGCAACAAGUACUCCAAGUUCCGAACGCGACACGAACCCUGGUACGUCGAGAAGAAGGAGGCGCAAGAGGCCGCCAAAAAGGAGCGCGCAGAACCGGCCUUGUCGAUGCAGACGCCACUGGCCGACUACCACGAGCGGCAGCGCGAGCUCCGGGACAACGGGAAAGAGCCGCGGCUCACCGAACCCAUGCUCAUGCGCCUUGGCAAGUUUAUGGCGAGGCAAAAGGUGGAGGCCCUAGACCACGCCGGCAUCUCCGAGGUCAAGGAGAAGGCCAAGCCAGCACCUCGUUCUCGGCUCUUCACGCGGCGACGACGGAUAGCGAGGGCGGCGAGAGGAGGAGCAGGAAGAGCAAAACUGUAA